AUGCAGCUGCAGCCAGUUCUUCUCCUGCUCAGCCUCCCAGGCUGUGUCUCCAUCCAAGGCCCAGAGUCCGUGAGGGGCCUAGAGGGGGGCUCAGUGACUGUGCAGUGUCACUAUACACCAGGAUGGGAGACCUACAAGAAGUGGUGGUGUCGUGGAGCAUACUGGAAAUCAUGUGACAUCCUUGUUCAAACAGAAGGAUCAGAGCAAGAAGUGAAGAGAGACCAUGUGUCCAUCAGGGACAACCAGAGACAGCGCUUGCUCACAGUGACCAUGAAGGAGGUCAGGCAAAGUGACACAGACACUUACUGGUGUGGGAUUAGCAAACCUGGACCUGACCUUGGGGCACCUAUCAAAGUGACCAUUGACCCAGGGGUUCUGAGCACCCAGGCCAGCCUACAAUCCAGGACAACUACCAGAGGCCAUACAGGGACAUCGUCUGGCUCCUACAUCAGGCACCACUACAUUCUCCUGGUGUUCCUGAAGGUACCCAUCUUGCUCCUGUUGGUCGCUGCUGUGCUUUGGUUGAAGGGGUCUCAGCAGAGACCGUCUAUAUGAACUUGCCCUCUGAUCUUCUCAUCAAAGACACAACCCCUUAGACAGAUGGACGAGCAGAACCUUCUGCCCCUGGACCUCAUUUCCAGAGGAGACACAGGCUGUGAAAGAAAUGCCUCUGGGUCCUCAGGACGCAGUGACAGAGGCAGGAAACACUGAGGGGCUGGCCGGGAACCCUUCCACCCCAAUCUGCACAGCUCAGAGACACAACCCGGGCCCCUUUUGAGGUGCCAUGGCCUUGUUCCCACUCCUUCGAGAGUGGGAUGUCCCACCCUACCCACCAUGGGGCUGAAGCUCAUGGUCGAAGCUAUUGGGGUGGAAUUCAAGCCAUGCCUUCUCCGCUGGAAGAAGUCAGGGCACAGGCCCAGGCACCCAAGCAGAGAGAGAAGAAGUAGGGGUGCAGACAGAGACAUGAAGCACUGCCCACACCCUGGUCUCCUUCACUCCUGAGACCAGCUCAGCACGUGUCAUGUCUGAGCUUCUGAUACAUAAAGGGUUUUUUCUCAAGCCGGUUGAGUUGGAUUUUGAUGGCUUGUGCCCAUGAGAACGCUGAUGGAUGCACUCACACUCAUACCCCAAAGAGGGGAAUCUGUGUGGGUUCCUAGUUCUGGGGCAUCCCCUCUGUCCAGGGAGGACACUUCUCUGAGUACCCUGAGCAGAGGAGGGACCAGGAGGCUCUGUGGGCCCAGCUCCAGGGCUGGCUUUCCUCCCUCUCCCUCCUCCUCCUCCUCCUCUGUCCUGGCUCCCUGAGCUCUCUGUGGCUUCCAAGGGAGCCACGUUCCCUUCUCCCUUGGGGCUGCUAGGCCUCAGAAACCACCUCAAGGUUGGGGAGGGCAGUCAGGAAAACUGAGGGAAAGGAUGUUGCCUCUCCUACAUGAUGAUGUUUAAAUAAUAAUAAUAAUUCAUUUGUUUAGAUUAUUUUAAUAACUAAAAUUGUCUGAGAUAAAUGAUGUUUUUUCAUUUAUCCAUUUGGAUGGACUUGGUCACUUUGCAACUUACAUACAGGCCUUGGGUCCUCUCACUGAAGGUAGCACCACUUCACAUGAGGAGGAACAGCCCCAUCUGAGACAUGUCCACCCACGUGCGAAAACACACAAACACAUCAGUUUGGAAUGUUGCCUUUUGU